AUGGAGACGAUUAGAUAUCUAUCUAUCUAUCUAUCUAUCUAUCUAUCUAUCUAUCUAUCUAUCUAUCUAGAUUUGCCCCCACAUUCUGUGUCAUUGAUGACCAUCUAUACAUUUACAGAAUCAAACAGAAAUAAAAGUCACCCGGAGAUGCCUUGCGAUCCAGCGUUUGAGAAUGCCGGCAAAGAAAUCGGACUGGAAAUCUGGAGAAUUGAGAAACUAAAAGUUGUCCUUCAGGAUAAAAACACGUCUUCUUUUUACACCGGAGAUUCGUACAUUAUUCUAAUGAUGACUUUCUUCUCCUGCCAACAAAAUGUAACUACGUGGAAGUUACUUUCUGACUAUCAAUUGAAGUACCACUCCAUGAAGGUCCAGUCGAAACGAAUCGAAUAUCGUCAUCAUGGAAUAAGGAUAUGCAUCAGUUGUUUUAUAAAAAAUGGACAACUUUUAGUUAAAGGCGAUACAAUUCUAUCAACAAAAAAGAAUCCAAAAACCGAUAAAAUAAGUUGGGAUGUUCAUUUUUGGCUUGGUUUGGAAACAUCUCAAGAUGAACAAGGUGUGGCUGCCUAUAAAACAGUGGAAUUGGACGACCAUUUGGGUGGAGCACCUGUACAAUACCGUGAGGUUCAAGAACACGAGUCGCAGCUGUUUCUUUCCUAUUUUAGGAAAGGAAUUACAUAUUUGGAAGGAGGCAUGGAGAGCGGGUUUCGUAAGGUAGAAAAACAAAAAUAUGUGAAGAGGCUUUUACAAGUAAAGGGACGUCGAAAUGUACGAGUUAAACAAGUGAAAUGUUCCUACACUUCCUUAAAUACUGGCGAUGUCUUCAUUCUCGAUUGCGGAGAAACCAUUUAUGUCUGGAAUGGACCCAAAAGCAGAGGGACAGAGAAAAUGAAGGGAAUGGAAGUUGCCAAACGUAUUCGAGAUGAAGAGAGAUUCGGUAAGGCUGUCAUUUCGAUCAUCGACACACAAUGGGACUCCGAUGCAAACUUUUAUCGGGAAUUAGGUGAUAAAGGUGAAAUUGCUUCAGCCGACGAAGGAGGAAACGAUGAUGAGUUUGAAAAGAGCGAACAAAAAGUCUUAAAAUUAUACAGUGUUUGUGAUGCCAAAGGAGAACUGGAAAUCACCGAAGUUGGCACUCGGCCCUUGAAGCGGGAAAUGCUAGAUUCAGAUGAUUGUUUCAUUUUGGACACGGGCCCAAGCGGAAUUUAUGUGUGGAUUGGUAAAAAUUGUACUGACAAUGAACGCAAAACUGGAUGGUCUAAAGCGAUGGAAUUCAUUAAAAAAAGUGGCUACCCCGAGUGGACACCUGUCACACGUCUGGCUGACCAAGGCGAGACACCAUUGUUUAAGCAGUUUUUUCAAGGGUGGACAGAUGCCCAUGUUGGUCCUAAGGCACGCGCCUACAAUAUUGGAAGUAUUGCUCAAACUAACCGUGCCAUGUUUGACGCUAAAAUCCUUCAUAAACAGAAAGCAUUUUCCGAAGAAGAACAAUUACCAGAUGAUGGAAGUGGUGGUUUAUCGAUUUGGCGUAUCUAUGAUAAAGACAUGCAUGUCGUAAAAUCAGAAGAAUUUGGAACCUUUUACAGUAGCGCUUGUUACAUCGUCCUCUACGCCUGUAGUGGGACUGGUGGAGAUGGCACCCAUAUCAUCUACUAUUGGCAGGGAAAACAUGGAAGCAAAGAUGACAUAGCGGCAAGCGCCAUGUUUGCUCAAAUGGUGGAUGAAAAUGAAGUCAGUGGGAAAGCAGUACAGAUUCGUGUCACUCAAGGACAAGAACCAGAACAUUUCCUCAGGAUAUUUCAGGGUAAAUUGAUUGUAUUGAAGUAUAUUCCUCACUUUCAUGCAAACACAUACACCCUCGCUCACUCUGUCUCUCUCACACAUACAUACAUACUAGCUCGUUCUCUUUCUACUCCGUACACUCACCCACAAUAUCUAUCUAUCUAUCUAUCUAUCUAUCUAUCUAUCUAUCUAUCUAUCUAUCUAUCUAUCUAUAUACUUUAUCUGUUACUUGUUACUUGUUUAAAACCAUAA